CGGAUACUGUGAUUCCCGUAACAUCAAGAUCCCCAUCUGGAUGGAAGUUGGUUAAUUUAACCUCGAAGAUGAACACAGAAUAGAGUUGUGUGGAAUAUAGCUUGUCUGGGAUGGACUGGAAGCCAGGCAUGCAUUUAGUAAUUGGAGAAGUGAGAUAUUGAUCGGCCCAUGGUAUUACAGACACUUUGGAUGCCCAUGAAUCAUAGGACUGAAUAUGCAGACUAACAUGCCAUGUUGUAACAGGACUGAGGGUACUGCUAUUGUGUACACCAUUGUGAGAGUCAGUGUCAUCUUGUGUCAGCAUUCUUCGAAUGUCAGUAGCCUAAAUGUUGUGUGACAAUGCUGCUGAUAUUGACGUCUUGUGCGGCGGUGUUAUUGGGAGAUUUAGAUGGAUCUAGAUUCAAGCUUUGAUCAGUGUGACUGGAAUAUCUUUUAGAGGAAAGAUCUCCGUGUUUUUGUUCGUUGCAAGAGUCCAGUUACCCAAAAGUUUGGACUAAUCAAGGGACAUAACUCAUGAUUGCAUAAGCCAUGGCAUCGUUAUCAAUAUUCAUCAGCCAGUGAAAAAAACCUGUGUGAUUACACUUAUUUACUGAUCUUUUGAAACUGUAUUUGUAUAUGGUCAUUUUCUCCUAAAAUGAGUGGACGACAGCCAUGCCUGAUGAUGACAUACCUUAUUUGUGACACUGACCCAAUUCUAGUGAUUAGGCAUUAAGUAAAUGUGUCAAUCACAUGAUAGAUAAUCAGAUGCAGAGCAUAACUAGUUGUGAAUCUCGGUUACAGAACUUUGCCAGCGUGUCGUGCCAGUGUUUGUGUAGAGCUUAAUUUGGACAGCAUUUUCCAUGUUUACAUUCUGAAUUUCAAUUCGGCCUGUCUGACUGAACUGUGAGUUCGGUGUGUUUAGCUCAGUCUAAACAACCCGAGAAUGUGAUCUAUGGCCUGGACCGGUCAUAUUUACUUGUGCUGUUUAAAAUAGCAACAUGUUGCACAGCCCUGCCUUCAGCUAACGGUCUAACCAAGCAAAGUUUGUUUACAAGCAUUACAUCAUGCUUUCUGGGUGUGAGAAUUCAUGUGGAUGAUUUUUGUGUUAUGUCACGUGCACACUAUCUACAGACUUCAGAACUCAACACACAAUCACCUGAAACACAGAAUAAUUCAUCCAUUGAGAUAUGUCAACAAUGAACACAUGAUAUGAUAUGAAAAGACAAUUUAUCUCAACACGUUGGCAAAUGGUUGGCUGUUACAUUGUUGUAUAAAACAAUUGACAUUGUACUUUUGUGGGGCUCGUGAGAAGAAAUGUGAAUGGUUAGACAAACUGUAUAUAAAUAACGAUGAUCACGAUUUCUAUGAUAGACGGACUGAAGCAUACGGAUGCCAAGGGGGCACUCAGCUGGUCCCACAUGGUGAAGAUGUCCCGAUUCGGCCAGUUGUUGGCGGCCAUAUUGUUUCUGUGUCUCUUGGUCAAUGGCCUCAUCUUUGUGCUCCGAAUCAAUGGAUACAGUCCAGUCCUGAUCGUAGCCGACACUGCCAGCACGGUACCAAAGUUUCAGUCAAAUGUCCAAAGCUUUCGAACAUUACAACAGAGUUCAAAUGACUAUGAUGGCCAAAGCAGAACAUCCAAAGCUCCUGAAUCUGAAAGCAAGACAAAGGGUAACAAAAACGUCACAGAAGUCUACAUUGAUACUUCAACAAAAUCAACCAUCCAAAUUGUGAAUCCUCAUGACUUUUCAUACCUUAUUAAUGAAGCUGACAUGUGCAAGGAAGCGCCGGAACUUAUCAUUGUGGUGUGCACCGGGGUGAAAAACGUCAAAGAAAGACUUGCAAUUCGAGAUACUUGGGGAACAUAUGUUAAAGACCCUUUACAUAAAACUAAAGUUGUGUUUUUGUUAGGUGCAACAGAUUCCAAGGAUAUGCAGAAGAAUCUUCUUGAUGAAAGCAAUACAUAUGGAGACUUGGUGCAAGAAAAUUUCCACGAUAGUUACAGGAACCUUAGUUUAAAAUCUGUUGCUAUGCUGAAAUGGGUAAAGACGUAUUGCAUUUCAGCAAAGUAUUUACUAAAAGCUGAUGAUGACAUGUAUAUAAAUGUUCCAAAUCUAUUAACAUCACUUCGGAAAAGGAAAGAAGAAAAAUUUAUUCUUGGAUUUAUUUUUGUUGGUGCAAGACCUGUUCAGGACAAAAGAUCUAAAUGGUAUACACCAGUGAGUGACUUCAAUGAGAAAACCUACCCUCGAUAUACGUCAGGGACGUCUUAUUCCAUGUCUGUGAAAGCAGUCCCAGACUUGUAUAUUGCUUCACAGCAAGUUAAGCUGUUUUGGCUUGAGGACAUUUACAUCACAGGACUGUGUGCUCGGAAAGCUGGAGUUCAACAGUUUCAUGAUGGUGGCUUUUCGUUUUUGCAUAGGCAUCCCACUGGAUGUGCGUUUGUGCAAGCAGUAACUGGACAUGACUACAAACCAGAGGAUCUGUAUAAAAUACAUAAGGAGUUAUACAGCAGCCCUCCACCCAAGUGUUGAUCCAAGUGUACUUAUCAUAUCCCAAUCUCAUUAAAAUCAGAUCUUAGUUCUUGCUAUCACUAAACAAAGAUCUGAAGGCAUCGCAUUACGGGUUACGUCAGAUUGACCUUUCAUCCAACCAAUCAAAGCGUCGCUUACUAGAUCAUGAAAGUGACAGUCGGAAUGUGUUUCUGAUCAUGAAACCUCGAAAAUGUUAACACGGGGUAUUCCGAACGUCAGUUACGGCCCGUACGACUGAUUGCGUCAAAAUUAUCGUCUAUCACUCGCUUCUGUGGGAUAAACAUUUGAACGGAGGAGAUGUUGCACAGUUUGUGGG